GUUUGCCAUGGGUGGCACAAAGGAAACAAAAUCUAAGAAGAGCAAGGAUCCAUAAAAUGUGCUUGAUCGCAACGAGCAGACAAAAGAAAACAUGAUUGAGAAGAAGAAUUUGAGAAGCAGGACAAAGGGGGCGGCUGUGGAGGCUUCCGGGGAUGUAGUGGCGCCACCUAUUACACAAAAUUCUACAAACGGAGACACCUCUGCCUCUGACAAGCUAGUUCUCAAGGUCACACCUUCUAAAAGUAGCACAAAUAAGACUGCCACUAAGACUACUACUCCUCCUAAAAAGUUGAAGAAUACAUCAAAGACUAAGUCUAAGAAUGAGGAUGGCACAGAGAAGCUCACCCAUUGGCCACUUGAGGAAACUGAGGAUGAAUCUACUGCUACAGAAACUGAUGACCAGAAGACCCCCGUGAAGGAUGGCAGCAAGAAAGAUGAUGGUACCAAGGAUAUAGAUGGCAGCACAGACAAGACUGUUGAUAACAGAAUAUGCAGCUUAGAGGAACAGAAGGAGGCAGUUGAGCAUAUCCUUUCUGGCAACCCACUGCCAGGGGAUGAUAAAGAUGAAGAUGAUAAUGAAACUGAUGACCUUGAAAACAUACCUAUGCCUACACUACAAUGCGAGAACAAUGAACUUUUACUUGACAUACCCCUGCCUGGGGCUGGAGGGGUGGCUAGUAUACCUAUGCCACAGCCUGUAGAGGAUAUACCCAUGCCUGAACCAACUCCUCAAAUGGACAUGCUAGCAGCAAUACCUAUGCCUAAUAUGGUCAUGAACAAUAUACCAAUGCCCGAGCCUAAGGUAGAGGAGGAGCCCAAAGUUAUAGCUGGACAAUCUGGGAUUUCAUUCUCAUUUGGCAAAAAGAACAAAAUGGUAAUUAGUACUUCAUCUAAGUUAGAAAAACCAUCAGUUUUUGCUGAGGUUCCAAUGAGUGAGCAACUGUUAAUGUCUGCUCCUAAACUGGUGCUUGAGAAAGUUGAGCCUUUUAAACCAGACAUGUCUGAUAAAAAAUUGCCUGAAAUUGAUGUAGUGAAAGUUCAAGGUAUCAAUGGUCAACAGAUUGAAUGGCUUUCAGAAAUGAUCCAAUAUACCAAAUGUGACCCCUCUAUCUCCUUUAGUUGUAACCCCUUACAUUUUGAUUUCCGACAACAGUUGGGAUUAAAAAGUAAGAAAGACGCAGUUGAUGCUGAUGAUCAAAAAGAAAAUGAAUCAAAGGAUGACAGCCAGAUCAGCAUCACUAAAGAGGAUGAUGCUGAUGUUGAAGAUGAGAAGGAUGACAAAGAUGUCAAUAAGAAGAGGAAAAAGAAGAAAAAACACAAAAAGAAGCAUAAACAUUCAGAUAAAACCAAAGAUGAUGACGAAGAGGAUAAAGAAAAUGUUGAUAAACCGAGAAAACGUAAACACAAGAAAAAGAAAAGCAAGAAGUCGAAGAAGUCUAAACUGGAAAAUGGCGAUGAAACUCUUGUAGAGGGUAAAGAAAAUGAGAUGAGUACACUAGGUGAGACAAACAAAGAUGAUGUGAAAGCAAAACAUAGGAAAUCAAAGAAAAGUAAAAAAUCUAAGAAAAAGAAAGUUAAAAAGUCCAAAAAUUCUCAAAGUGAAGCCACAGAGUCUGAACAUGAUGACAAAGAAGAUAAUAAACAAAAGGAAAUAAAAACUGAAUUAGAUUCUAGCAAAACAGAUUUGGUAAAAACAAGUGACAUUAAAAUAAAAACGGAACCUAUAGAUGAACAAUUGUCCCCAACUGGCCUUAAAUUAAAGAAGCAUAAGAAGCUGAAGAAAGAAAAGAAAACUAAAAAGAAUAAAAAGGACCACUCCAGUGGGGAUUCAUCAUCUGAAGAAUCUGACAUGGAGACCUCAAAAUCUGUGAGCAAGAGAUCAAAGUCAACAAGUCUCAGUGAAGAAGUCAAAGUUAAAGUUGAAAAAGUGACCCCUACAAAAACCAAAGAAAAAUCUCCUGUACAUAAUAACUCAGAUUCUGACACUGAGAAAAAACGAAAAACAAAAACAGAACCAGAAAAAGUGAAAGCUAAGCUAACUAAAAAACGAAGAUCAAGUGAAAAUGAAUCUGCAAAGAAAAUAAAGAAGGUGAAAAAAGAGCCAAAGCAUGGCAUUACACAGCCUCCAAACAAAGUUGAGCUUAGUCAUAUACAAGAAAUGGAGGAUUUUGAAAAAGAUACCAGUAGAUCUAAAUGGGAUACUAGCAGUGACAGUGAAAUGGAGCAGAGUAUGAUCCAGCUGCCCUUAAAUGUGAACAUUGAACGUGCAAUAAAGAAAAAGGAAAAAGAGGAUGCUUUAAGGUUAGCUAAAGCACAGUCUAUGAAAGGCACACCUAAUCCUAGGAGUGCACGAUCUGAUGACCAUAAAAAUUCCCAUCGCAAACAUCACUCUGAUUCAGAGAGUGAUCAUGGAAGUAAACGGAGCUCUAGAAAAUCACAUCGAAGAUCAACAAGUGAGGAAUCAUCUGAGGAGGAAGAGAGAAGCUCUCGUCGGUCUAGAAGGAAGACAAAAAGAUCUAGAAAAGACUCGGAUAGACAUGAUUACUCUAGCAGUAGCGAGGAUGACCGUCAUCGACGUCGCUCUAAACGUCACAGAUCUUAUUCAUCAUCUUCAGAGAGUGACUAUGAGAGACGCACAAAAUCACGUAGUCGAAGCAGGAGCCGACGUAGAAGACGUCGCUCUUAUAGCAGCUAUUCUGAUGAUGACUACCAUAGGUCUCAUUCUCGAUCCUACUCCCAAGACAGGAGAUCCUACACAAGGAGCAGGUCACGAUCUAGAAGGAGGCACAGGUCAUAUACAAGGAGUAGAAGUAGAUCAUACUCAAGAAGUAGAUCACGAUCAAGAAGAAGAUCAAGAAGUUACAGUAGAAGUUAUAGUAGAUCUCGAAGUAGAUCCAGAUCAAGAGGACGACAUAGGAGAUCAAGGAGUAGAUCAUAUAGAAGAGAAAUGAAAUCAAGUCCAGAUGAGAAAUUCAAAUCUGUCCUCCCUCAUCGGGAACCCAAGCCAGUUAGGCGUCCUAUAGCUGAAAGAGAACAGAAGACAUUUGAACCCAACCAGCUUGUAGUGCCACUCAAGUCAGGCCCUGAUGUGGAUGCAAAAGCUCAAGAACUGCUCAAGAAAGUUGGAAAGGGAGAACUUGUGAUGAGUAAAACUGGGCUGGUUGGUAGGAACCCUGCAGCUGGUUUUGGAGUUCCAGAGAAAGUUGUCUCUAUUAUUGGUAAAGCUCCUAAUAGUGGACGGAGAAAGAAUCUUUUAGAUGGGGACAGGAGAGAAGAAACAUACUUAGAAAAGCAAGAAAUAAUGAAAAUGGCUCUUGAAAGAGAAAAACAAGCCAGAGAGGCUGAAGCGAAAAAUGAUGAGGAUAAAAAUCUUGAUAUUCCUCUCCCACCUGGUUCAGAUUCUAAGGACACUGAAUAUGGAGUCUCUGAGUAUGGCACUCCUAUUGAUCUCUUCAAGGUACCACUUCCACCUACUCCUCCUAACAAAGUUCAACUUACUGAUAAAACUGCUCCUAAAAAUGAGAAGAGUAAGUCACCUGGAACUGGUCCUACUCCUUCUCCAGCAAAUGCAGUGCCAAACAACAAUAUAUAUAGUCUUAAUAACCCUGGCCCUAAGAAGAUGAAUAGAAAAGAGCGAAGGAGACAAGCUCAGGAAGCAGCCAGGCGUCCUCCUCCCCCACCUAAUCUUCCGGAUUCUCCACCACCAGAUAACCCUACACCCCCUGAUGAUAAGGAAGAACUACCUUUGAGUAUCCCACCCGAACAAAUGGAACAAUAUAAGCUACUACAACAGCAGGCCAUGCAGCAUGCUGAUAAGCAGAAACGUAAGCAAAAAGCAGAGGAAGAUGGCGUUGAGUUUAAGGAUGAUGAUGAAUUAGAUGAGGAACAGAAACAAAUUGAAGCAUUAGAGCUUGCUGCUCAGUCCAUAUCUCCACAGUUAACAUCCCCACAGCCUAUAAUAAUUGCCCAACAACCUCAGUUGAUACCUAUCCACCAGGGGGUGCUUCCUCAGGCUGGAGCACCCGUCAUUGCAGCUCCAGGUGGGCUCACUGCAGGUAUCCCUGCUAGUUUACAGCAAUUGAGUGCAAUCUCUGGUGGCCACAUGGUUCCUAUGUCCAUGGGUGGUUCCUCUGCAGGUGGACAGCUUGUGCCUAUUAUGUCUGUGGCAACACAGCAAGCUCAGCCUCAGAUGAUAAUUGUCCAGUCCCCUCAUGGUCCAGUGAUUGCAAAUCCUAUGGCAGCGGCUGCUCAGCAAAUGCAGCAACAAGCUGUUCUGCAACAACAGCUUCAGCAUCAACAGCUUCAACAUCAACAGCUUGUGCAACAGCAACUGGUGAAUCAAGCUGUACAACAACAGCAGCAGCAGCAACAACAACUUCAGCAGAUAGCUCUUGCACAAGCCCAGGCUCAACAAUCUGGACAUCAUCCAAUGAUUAUCCCAAGUGGGUCUGGAGGCGUCAUAGGCCCUGCUGGUGGGCAGAUGAUUCUAGGACCCCCAAUGUUAGUUCCAAGAAUGUUAAGACCCGGAAUAUAG